AUUUCCUUAUCUCAACCUAAAAUGCCACAAGGCCGAAGGAAAAUUCCCUUUUCAGGGAAACAGAAAAAACAACAAUUAAUCAACAAACGACAAGAUAAAGGAACUCCAAUAAAUUUGAUUAGAAAAAUUAGAGAGGAGACUGAAUCUGACAGUGUCAGUGAAGUCAGUGAGAGUGCUGGUCCUAGUCGAAUGGUAGACAACAUUCAAAAGAUUAAUUUGCAGCCAUUAAAAGAUCCAAAGAGUAAAGCGAAUCGUUAUGUUCUUCAGUUUCAUACUGAAUCUGCAAAGGAAAUUCGUGAAUUGCGAGAAAAGGCUCGACAAUCUUUAGAAUAUGCAAGUGACGUGCAAAUGGAGAUUGACGAUUCCUUCUUCGAUGGUUACGAUUUUCCUAAAAGACCUGAAUGGAACUACCAGAUGAGCAAAGCAAUUCUGAUGGCUAAUGAAGAGCGAUAUUUCUUUAAUUAUAUUAUGUCGUUGGAAAAGAAACAUUACGAUGUCAUGAAGCAACUCAGUUAUUGUGAAUUAAAUUUGGAAACGUGGAGACAACUUUGGCGAGUACUUGAAUUAAGUGAUAUCGUUCUAGUAAUUGCCGAUGCUCGUUUUCCAACAUUGAUGUUUCCUCCUUCACUUUUUGUGUACGUCACGAAGGAACUCAACAAGAAAGUUAUCAUUUUACUCAACAAAAUUGAUUUGGUUGAGAGUUCAGUUGUGUUGGCAUGGAAAAAAUAUUUUGAAGAGAAAUAUAAAUCAAUUAACGUUGUUCUCUUCACAUCGUGUCCAUCCUACAAUCUUCGUGGUGGGAAUAUUAACAAAUCUGGUUUGAAAAUCAGACGACGAAGAGGAAGAAUGCGAAUGGCAAGUGAAGGUGCACUUCAAGUCUAUCAAGCUUGUAACUCGAUUGUUAAAGAUCAAGUUGAUUUAUCAAGUUGGCAUGAAAAGAUUCAAGAAGAGAUGAAUGUGAAAAAUCAAGCACCGAUUGAUGAUGGCGAUGACGAGGAAAUUGAAGUGGAGAAAAGUCACGAAGAAGAAAAAGAUUUCGACUUUGAAGAGCAUGUUUUAUACAAGAAUGGAGUCUUAACGAUUGGAUGUAUUGGAUUUCCUAAUGUCGGCAAAUCAUCUCUGCUCAAUGCUCUCAUGGGAAAGAAAGUUGUGAGUGUUAGUCGAACUCCCGGCCACACGAAACAUUUCCAAACGAUUUUCUUAACUAACACAGUUCGUCUUUGUGAUUGUCCCGGUUUGGUUUUUCCUAGUCAAACUCCACGAACUCUUCAAGUUCUCAUGGGAAGUUAUCCAAUUGCACAACUUCGUGAACCUUAUGGAUCUGUAAGAUUCCUUGCUGAACGUUUAGAUAUUCCGAAGCUUCUUGCAAUUAAACAUCCGGAAGGUGACGAUGAAUGGUCAGCGAUGGACAUUUGUGAUGCAUUUGCACUCAAACGAGGUUUUUUGACAGCAAAAGCAGCUCGUCCAGACACAUAUCGCGCUGCUAACAGCAUCUUAAGAAUGGCGUUAGAUGGCAAAAUUACUUUGUCGUUGAAACCUAAAGGAUUCAGUGAAAAGAAAAGUUUCUGGGAAAAUCAUCGAGAAUUGGAAUCUGUAAAGGAAAUUCAAGCACUUGGCAAAGCUGAAAAUAAAAACGAUGCUGCUGACUUCUGUUCUGAUUCUGAAAAUGAAAGUUCUUUCCGACCUUCUGAUUAUGAAAUGAAACAAAAUUUCCAGAGAUCAAAGAAUGAAGUUGGACAUGAUGAUGGCGACAAUGAAGAGAGUGAAAGUGAUGAAGAGCGACAUCCAAAUGUCUCGAAUCCUUUUGAUCUUCUCGACAAUAGUCAAGAUUAAAUUGAAAAUCUUUAAAUAAACAAUUUUCUAAAAGAAACUUAAUUAUGUUUUCUUUAUUAAUUAAAUUAAUCAGGGUUUGUGAGAAGAUUUAUGGUACAAGAUUAGAAAUAUUCUUUGGCAAUUUAUUUACAGCAAAUUUUAAAAAUCUUUCUACUUAGUCAAUUUGAUGAAAUUUUUUAUCUAAUUUUCCUAAUUCCUAAAUUUAAUUUUCUUCUUCUACUUUGGACUAGGAUUUUGAAGAAUUUUCAAGUCCUGUUGAGGAUUUAAUGAAUUUAUUAACAAGCAAAAAUGUAAAACUAAUCUUUGGCCUUAGCUACACUAAAUUAAAUAAAAAUAUGCAAAUCAAAAAGAUUUUAAUUUAAUAAAUGAAGGAAAACAGAAAAUUGCGAAUGAUUCUUGAAGUUUAUGAAAUUCUUCAGAAUUUUUCCAAUUAAAAC